AUGUUGAUGGCCACGCAGUCGCCCACAGUGGUCCUAACAUUGACCAUCAUCUUGGGUGUUCUGGACGCUUUCGUCGUAUCUUUGCGGUUUUACGCGCGUUCACAGAGGAAACAAAGGCUUCUGAUUGAUGACUGGCUGACUAUUCCUGCAAUGGCUCUCAACGUCGGACUAGCAACGACUUUGAUACAUGGCACCGCUAGACAUGUAUACGGGUACGCGACGCCUGUCCCCCCAACACAGGCAGCUGCCUCUCGUUUGCUGGAACGGACUUCUUGGACCGAGCUGGGCGACAACAUCACUAUUGCUGAGAAGGAUGAAUGGAUCUUCUUGUUGAUAUCGAUACCUGCGCUCGGUUGUAUCAAGCUUAGCAUCCUGUUCUUCUACCAGCGUCUGUUUGUUAUGAGCAAGCGCGACUGGCGAGACCCCAGGAACAUUGCAAUAUGGCUGAUGAUUACUAUUGUCACCAUGUGGACGUUGGCUUUCUUCCUACGGUAUCUCUUCGCUUGCGGCUUCCACUUCGAUAUCUGGUGGACGAACGCCAUGAAUAUCAUAACGUUGUGUGGGGACUUCAACACCAUCCUUAAUGCUCUUGCUAUAUCAGACUUUGUAUGCGACGUCAUUAUACUCAUCUUGCCUCUUCCCGCCAUUUGGAAGCUGCGUCUACCUACCGCGCAAAAAUUUACUGUCACCUUAGUCUUCGCUCUCGGCGGAUUUUCAACAAUUGCAUCGAUGAUUCAAAACUUUAAUCCGGAACUAGACGUCGAUUUACUUAUCACCACGUUCCUCUUUUGGAACUAUCUCGAAGCGACUACGGCGCUGUUAGCAGCUUGCCUUCCCACGCUACGAGGGCUUUUCAGAACAUCUUCACUCGACUCUGCCAUCCAAAGCUUGCGAAGUCGAAUAGGUCUCAACUCAAAGUCACCGCUCAAUUCAUCGAUUCGAAAGAAAGAACAGGAUGAAGCAUAUGUUCUGAGGAGUCUCGACUCGGAAAGAGGCCUCGCGGCUGACACUCCUUCAGGCACAUAACCAACAGCAAGUUUGUUUCUCAGUCCUUACCACGGCGCACCGCUCUUCAUGUCAAAUAAGGUCUUUUCGAAUUCUACGUCUAUGGUUUUGCCUCUUUUGAAACAUAUAUCGACUACAUAGAAAUGUCACAGGCGCAGUUUGGGUGUCGGAGCGUCCCAGUGUUUUUGUCUAUGGGCAUAUCAUGUUGUGUAGAUUGAAAUACAGGAAAGAAGUUCGUGUCAUACUGCAUUCUGGACUGGAAAGCAAGCACAAAUCUAGUAUCUGCGCUUCGUAUCUGUGACGUCUCCUGAGAUCAUGCCUGCCGUAACAAAUCGGUGACUCCACUCAGACUUCUAUUCCACUACGUUGCCUGGUGAAUGCUGAAGUUCGCAGCGGCAUGCAUUUGACCAAUGAUCAUUCGGGUCGCUGACCACCCCAUGCCUUUCAUC